AUGGAGAGGGAAAGGCAGAUGGAGUUGAUGUGGCAGAGACAGAGAGAAGAGGAAAGAGAGAGGGCGACACAGAAAGAGGAGAGACUUAAACAAGAUCAGGAGGAGAGGGAAAAAGAGAGAAUGAAGGAGGAGGUGAGGAAAGAGGAGAGACUAAGGGAGGAAAGAGAAAGACAAAGGCCGAGAGAGGAGGAGGAGAGAUUGAUUCACGGCCACGAGGAAUACAGAUUGGAGGGAAAACUGAGGGAGAAGGAAAUUAAUAAAAAGAAAGAAAGAGAGGAGGUGUGGGAAAAAGAGUGGGUGAACAAGACGGAGAGGCAGAGAGGAGAAGAAGGAGAGAGGGAAAGAGAGAAAGAGUUGGAGUUGAUGUGGCAGAGACAGAAAGAGGAGGACAGGGAGAGGGCUACACAGAAAGAGGAGAGACUCAGACAAGAGGAGAGGGAGAAAGAAAGAUUAAGAAUAGAGGCGGAGGAAAGAGAAAGGGAGAGGCAAAGGGUGCUAAAAGAGCAGCAAGAAAUAAAAGAGAUGGAGCGAAUGAGGCAAAUAGAGAUGGAGAGACAGAAAGAGGACAGGGAGAGGUCGAGACAGAAAGAAGAGAGACUCAGAGAAGAAGAGAGGGAGAAAGAAAGAUUAAGAAUGGAGGCGGAGGAAAGAGAAAGGGAGAGGCAAAGGAUGCUGAAAGAGCAGCAAGAAAAAAAAGAGAUAGAGAGAAUGAGGCAAAUAGAGAUGGAGAAACAGAACGAGGAGGACAGGGAGAGGGCGAGACAGAAAGAGGAGAGACUCAGACAAGAGGAGAGGGAGAAAGAAAGAUUAAGAAUGGAGGCGGAGGAAAGAGAAAGGGAGAGGCAAAGGAUGCUGAAAGAGCAGCAAAAAAAAGAAGAGUUGGAGAGAAUGAGGCAAAUAGAGAUGGAGAAACAGAAGGAGGAGGACAGGGAGAGGGCGAGACAGAAAGAAGAGAGACUCAGACAAGAGGAGAGGGAGAAAGAAAGAUUAAGAAUGGAGGCGGAGGAAAGAGAAAGGGAGAGGCAAAGGAUGCUGAAAGAGCAGCAAAAAAAAGAAGAGUUGGAGAGAAUGAGGCAAAUAGAGAUGGAGAGACAAAGAGAGGAAGGAAGAAGGGAAGAGGAAAGGAAGAGACAGAUAGAGAAAGAAAGAGUGGAGGAGCUGGAGAGAAAAAUGCGAGUGGAAUUGGACAGGAAGCGAGCACAACAACUGGAAGAAGAGCUGCGAUUGGAGGAGGAGAGAAAGAGGGAAGAACGAGAGAGUGCGGGGCCAAAUUUAAUCAGCUUUGACUCUGAAGAUGUGCCUCAAAAGUCCGAAUCACUGUAUUCCCCCUUAGUGAAAGCCUACGGGACGGGCGAGAGUCAGGUCGAAGUUGUUUACGAUGACUUCUCUGUCAAACCGCCUCUGUUGAAAGUGGAUUUUGACGACUUUUCAGUCAAACCGAAGAGAUGGGGCUCGCAGGCAAAAGUGGAAACUAGUCCGCUCAUCCAGAGUCGGCCAGCUGUCCCUGCGGAUAGAGAGGAAGUUGAAGUGGUGGCACCCCUGGAGCUCAGUCCUCUGGAAAGUAAAGUGCCAGAGCAGGUGGAAAAACCAGGCAGCCCAAAGCCUACAUUAGCCCAGGAAAAACCAGAGGAAGAACAGCUCAUCUCCAUGGAGAUGUGUGGUUAA